GCAGGUACAUACGGUACCGGUGUAUGAAAAGGAUGACUUGCAGUUUUUUGGCUGCUUAUGCAAUCGAUCCAUAAAUUACUAAAUUUGGUGGAUUUAGACUAUUUUUCGUAAAGAUGACAACUACAGAGUCCGUACAAGAACCAGACUUGAGCUCAAGCAGUGACAAGAAGAGAGAAAUGACGAUAGAAAACGGAAACGAAAGGCAGAUUUGCCAAAGAUCAUGCAGUUUGAGGCGGAAUGAUGACGGAGAAGGAUUUUUAUAUCGAUGGAUGCCGAGAUGGAGUCCUACAUCAGCGAAGCUUCUAGAAAAAGCAGAGGAGAAAAUUCUGGGAUGUCUAACUGUGCCAUACAAAUCUUUCUUUGCGGAUAUCGACAAUGGAGUGAACAAAAUCAGAACGCUGAAGAUGAACCCUUCCAAUUCGACCAAGACACCUUACGUCCUCAUCCACGGUUUUGCUAGUGGCGUUGCACUCUGGGUAAUGAACUUGGAAGGGCUGGCAGUCAACAGACCUGUCUAUGCCAUAGACGUCAUGGGGUUUGGACGCAGCUCACGCCCCAAGUUUCCUUUCGGAGCAGAGGCUGCUGAAGCAGAGUUUGUGCGAUCCAUCGAGGAGUGGAGGAAAUCUGUGGGCCUAGAGAAAAUGAUCCUGAUUGGUCAUAGCUUGGGUGGUUUCCUAUCCUCGGCCUACAGCCUGGCCCACCCUGAGAGGGUGAAGCACCUAGUUCUCCUAGAUCCUUGGGGUGUGGUCAAGAGAGACGAGGAGGAGAAGUUAGAGCUGCCUUACUGGGCUCGCAUUGUAGGAACCAUUGCACUGUCCUUCAAUCCAUUGUCAACGAUCAGGGCAGCAGGGCCACUAGGACCUUAUUUGAUUAGAAAAGCAAGAGGAGAAACUGUUGGAAGGAAGUUUUCAUCGCUCUUCAGUGAUGAUCGCAUUUCACAGUACAUCUACCACUGCAAUGCACAGUAUCCAGCUGGUGAACAAGCUUUCAAGGAUAUCAGCAUGCAGGUUGGUUGGGCCAGGAACCCCUUAGAAGACAGGAUAGGAGAGUUACCAGCCCACAUCCCCAUCAGUAUGAUCUACGGAUCAAGGAGCUGGAUGGACUUCACUGGAGGGAGCCUGGUGAAGCAGUUAAGACCUAACUCCAGGGUAGAUGUCAGGAUAAUUAAAGGAGCAGAUCACCAUGUUUAUGCUGAUAAAAGUGGCCAGCUCAACGAAUUAAUCAACUCAUUGUGCAAGGAUUCAUCGUGAGAAACCAUGGGUCUGCUUUAUUAUAUCUGACCAAUCUGUAAGCACCUCACCCAGUCUGUAGACUGUUAAUAAACCAGAGACAUCAAUUGUAGGCUAUUAUCUGAGUUCAGACCCCACAGUAUCCUAUAACUUGACAUGAUUCCUCCCUUUAAGCCUAUUCGGAGUCAUCAGUGUAUUUUCAGGUUAAUUCCAGCCGUAUGUACAAAACAUCUGAUUCUUGGUGAUUUGGGGCCUCUGGUCAAUAUUGAAGAUAAAUUUAAGGAGCUGUAAUGUGCAGCUGAACUUGUCAGUGUCUUGAUUGUCGUAAGCAGAGAUAGUAUGUGGUGAAUUUAAAGAUCAGUUUACAUGUACAUGUUGUUGUGGCUUAUAUGACAAGUAUCAUUCAGGCAUGAAUAUUUGCGCCAGUUUCGAGGUUUUGUAGUCUUGUUGCCAAACACCCUCUCACGCUAUGUGACUGAUGGAAUUUGUGCAUGUAUUGUAAACACCUGGGGUGUUUCACAAAGAUUCUUCAAGUAUGACUUUAAAAUGUUGAUGCGUACAUGAUACAUGUACGUAAUGCAUAAUCACAUUAAACAAUACGCAGUAGUGCGCGUUGUCCUCGCAUAAUCUGACCAAAGCGGUCAUGCCUUUUAUACCGCACGCAACUAGACAUUCAAGUGCGACUCUUAAGUCAUACUUAAAUCUUUGUGAAACACCCCCUGAUAACCAUGACCUAAUUUCUUCCCCAUUGUGAAAAUCCCUCGUGAUAUUAUCAUUCAUUUUAUAGAUUAAGUCAUUCAUUUAAAAUGAAAGGAAAUUUCGACUUUAUUUUUUAUUUUUUUUGUUCAGUUAUUUUCUUGAAUCAAAAUAAGUUGAAGUAGAUUUAGAGCAUUGAACUGAAAUACUUUUGAUUAAAUCCAAGAUAUGAUUGGAUUUCAAAUAGAAAACUAAUGUUAGUUUUGAAAAGGAUUUAUUUGAAUUGAAUAUAUUCAUGCCUUGAUGUUUGAUGAGUAGCCCUUGAUUUGGUGGUGAUUAUGCACUUCAAAGUUUCCACUACACACUGUUUGUUUUGGGGGUAUUUUCAAGUAUUUUGAUAGUACUGGAUCAUCCAGAUGAACCACAAUGCAUAUGACAUUAACUUUCAAAUACCCAUAUAACAAUCAUGAUGCAGCAAUUUAUUAUGUCCGUUGAUAUUCUUUUUCUUUUUUUAAGUCAAUAGAAAUGACUGAAAUUUUGAAUCAUUCUGUGUGUAUAUGUGCGUGUGUACAUGUACCUCAUUAUUGAUAUAGAGGUGGCAUACGGCCAAUGAAUUGAUAAAAUGAACAUGUCUGUAUUUACAAUUAUAUAAAAGUAAAGUUUUUAAUUCAAUAAGUAAUACAUGUAAUGUGAUGUAACCAAAUGCAGCCAGUUGGUUAAAUGAUAUCAUAUUUCUAGAAUGACUUCAUGCCUUGCACCAGUGCAAUUAUAACCUCUUAUUAAGUACUCCUAAGCAUAUAUGUAGAGUAGUUUUAAUUUUUGAAAGACAACAUUUAACACUGCACUGGUUUUUUACCAUAGAUUGACAAAUGAUGUUUUCAUGACAAUUCUUUGUGCUGUGAAUAGUACUAAUGAUAUUUAGUGCAUAUGAUGUAUUUCGUUUGUUGUAAAACCAAAUUAGAGCAAUAGGUGUAUUUCGUUUGUUGUAAAACCAAAUUAGAGCAAUAGGUGUAUUUCGUUUGUUGUAAAACCAAAUUAGAGCAAUAGGUGUAUUUCGUUUUUUGUAAAACCAAAUUAGAGCAAUAGGUGUAUUUCGUUUGUUGUAAAACCAAUUUAGAGCAAUAGGUUACUCAUUACUGCCAUUGCACAAGGAUGACCAUGCACCAUAAUACAUUUAAUGUUAAAGGAGAAUGAAACUCUUGGAGCAAGUUAGCUUUUGUGAAAGCAGAAAAAUCAAAGAAUAAGAUCAACAAAAGUUUGAGUAAAAUAGGACUAGCAAUUGAAGUGUUAUGAGCAUUUGAAUGUCGAGAUCACUAAUGCUAUGGAGAUCCUCCCAUUGGCAAUGCAACCAAGAUCUAUGAUGUCACAGAUGAACAACUCUCCCCUUUUGGACACUGAAAAUAUACCCCAAAACAUCUCUUUUUGCUCAUUCUAAUCAUAUGACAAACGAUUCAUCAAUGAUAUAAUGUUGUGAAACCUCUGUACUUGUCCUCUCAUAAAAAGAACACCUCACCUUGUGAUAGACUCUAUAAAAGUGAGAAUAUAAGUGAAAUAAGUACUAAAGUAAUGAGGGAGUUGUACGUGUGUGACAUCACAGAUCUUGGUCGCAUUGCCAAUGGGAGGAUCUACAUGGCAUUAGUGAUCUCAAUAUUCAAAUGCUCAUAACUUUCUUAUUAUUCAUUCAAUCUUCCUCAAACUUUCAACAAUAUGUUUCUUUGAUUUUUCUCUUUGAUAUGGAUUCAGCUGGUUUCAAGGGUUUCAUUCUCCUUUAAGCUGUGGCCUGAAGUCUCACCUAACUUUAAAAAAUGGACUGCUAACUUCAGACUUUGUCUACAGUGCUGUUCACAAAGGAUUGUAGGAGAUAAGCCUGACCUGUCUAGCAAAUGAAAUUUGGGGUGAUGUCUUACAUGUAAGACUGUAACCCAGUCUAGUUAGGUGAUGGGUGUCAAGUCAUAGUUUAACCAUAUCAGAGUCUGAGAAUUGUGUAUAACAUUUACCUUGAACAGAAGGUAUAGUGUCCAGAAAGAUGUUCCAGCAUAUUGUAAACAAGGUAAUAUUGUUUUAUUUGAACAAACUGCUAGAUAUUUUAAGUAUGUCAUUGACUAAUAUUUGAGCUUUUGAAAGAGAGUGGUAUUUUCAAAAGUUAUUACAGGGUUAGAGUCUAGACUUGUAUAUUCCACAGUUUGUAUAGAGUGCUUUAGAAACAGGGCUGGUAUUCGAUUAAUGGAGUUCUAUUUUACUUUGCAUUUUUACUUUACAUAACUUGGCAGACUUCUAAUUAUUUUACUCAUCAAGCUAGAUGGAAGCAAAAUACUUUUUAAUGACCUUUGUGACAUAACAAAGUCUACAACAAAUAAUGCGAAAUUAAUCCAUCUGUGCGCAGCAUGUGUGACUGCGGGUAUGUACAUCAUCUGUUAUACAUUGAAACUGCACAAAAGCUAGUAAUGGGGUUGACAAAGAUUUAAGCAAAAUAUUUUUAGCCAAAUAUGGCAAUUUAAUAACAAAGAUGGAUAAGUAUUUUACUUCGCAGCUUCGGCAGAAUGUUUGUGGAGCUUAGCUUUAUUUGGAAUGACAUUAUAUUAUUCAUCAUGCAAUUAAGAGGAAAAGAAAGUCACAUUUGACUUAUCUUGACUUGAAUACUGAAAGGAUUUUGAAAGCAAAGGAAAUUCCACCUUGAGGGCAAUGGAAAUGUUGACUCUUCAAAAUGGUAUACAAUUCUAUGUUAAUUUUAUGAUUGAUUUAUUGACUUUUCUUUUGUGGCAUUAAAGACUUAUUGUGCCCAUUGGUAGAGAUAUUUAUAGAAUUAUGUCAAUUUGUAGCUUCUAAACAAUGCCAAUGUUUUUUUAUCAAUUUGAAAAAACAAACAGUGAUAUGAGAUAAAGUACUUUAAGUUAAGGUUAAAUUAGUUUACCAAGCGGCCGAGUCCCCUUUAUGGACUACGGUGUGUGAUAGUGUUUUAUUUUUUUAGAUUUUAAUUUGAAUAUAGAUUUAGAUAAUGCCAUAUUGACAUCAAACUAACUGCACAGUUUAUGUUAUUAGCUGUGUAUGACUACUUGUAAAUAUAGAGAUAUAUUUUAUGAAUUAUAUAAGAGUAAAUCAAUACUUUUUUUCUCCUUUCAUCAUGAUAUACCUGCCUUUUAAAUUGAUUUCAUGUACAUGUAUUGAAUGCAUGUGCAAUAUUUUUAAACAGAUGUACAGAUUUGAAAUCUUGAAAUUCGGUACUAAUGUAUAUUUAUGUACCAGUAAGUUUUAAUUAUAGAUUAUUUUACUUAUUAUGAAUGUGAUAAGUAAUGCAUCAUGUAGAAAAUAUAUAAAAAAUAAUAAAAUAUCCUUAGAAAAGUG